GUCAAGGAGGUGAGCUUCAACAUGACCUGCAAGACGAGGAUCAGCAGUCAUGCGCCGGGACACAGUCGUGUUGGCGCGGAGCCAUCAUCGGGAGCAACGCCUCUGCUUUUGACUACAUCGCCACCUUCUACACGCCGGAGCCUCCAGUCGGUGGGCGUGAAAGCCCGGACAUCGUCCACCAGUGCGUCAUCGAGUUCUCUGGUGCUUCCUUAUCCAGUGCAAAUUCAAAUACCCUUGGGUCUGGAAGAGUGCGCUCGUUUGUCAAGCAUCUCGUGGACCACGGAGCCAGAUGAUCUGCAAGUGCAAUGCACGGAAAAGCAUUACUUGCAGAUUUUUGUUUUUCGCAUGCUCCUUGGAACGUAGCACGCAUUACCAGUGUCGUAUUUACGCAGCAAGAACAAGUGGGCUUUGUUGCGUUUAUGCAAGAUGACAAAGCUCCGCGUAAAAAUCCGGAGUCUGCGUCACAAGUUGGAUUUGAAUUCUUCCAGACCCAGAUCAAGUAUUUACGAUACAUAAUCCUAUCCUGGGGAAGAUGGCGAGAACCACCAGGAACAAGAGAAGCGUGACUGAUCAAGAGGGGCCGCCCACGACAACCCCGUCCUCGGCAUUACCCUGUUACAGCCCUUGCUCUAGCGGGACGAUGCUCCUUCAGACCCCGAAGACGGCUAGCCUAGCAACAGCAAUGCGCGCGGUAGAGGACACUGGUCGAACAGGAACAGC